AUGUAUGACGUGGCCGACGAUUUGGACCGGCAAAGAGAAGCCUCGUAUAAUGCAAUGUUGGCCUUAAUAGAAAAAGAAGAAGAUGCGCGGCAGGCGCAGAAGGCCCAGGGCCCUGCUGCAGCAGCAGCAGCAGCAGCUUUCCGCAGCAGCAGCGCAGCAGCAGCAGCACCGGCGCUUUCCCCAGCCCGCUGGGGCCCCCCGGACCCUCAGCUGGACUGCGAGGGGCCCCUGGGGCCCCCCAGUGCUGCAGUUGACUCCGCAGCUCAAAUUCUUUCUCUUUUUGAAGACAAAAGCAAACCCCAAACUCCCACUUCUUUUUCCAAACUCUGGGGCCCCACGGAGGCCCACGAACUGGACCCUUUCGAGCCAUUUGAGGGGCCCCUGGGGGCCCCCGAGGGCCCCCAGCAGUUUACCACCAAACGGAAAGGGACACCCUGGGGCCCCCAAGGGGGCCCCCCUGGGGGCCCCCCUGGGGGCCCCCUUGGGGGGCCCCCUGGGGGCCCCUCGCUGUCAAGUGCCAUUAGGGCACUGGAGGGCCUCGCGGGCUGUAGGCAGCUGCGCGGGGAGCAGCUGAGAGAAGACCCUCGCUUUGCAACUUUGCUGUCCAUCUUGGAAGCAAACUUGAGAAGAGAAGUCAGCAGCAGCAGCAGCAGCAGCAGCGAGGACGCCCGCAGCAGCAACAAGGGCGACACCCGCUGCAGCGGCAGGGAUGGCCCCAGCAGCGCCACUCGAGAUAACAGCAGCAGCUCUGAAAGGAACGCCAGCAGCUGCAGCAGCAACAGUCAACCCAGCAGCAGCAGCAGCAGCAGCAGCAACGUAAGUGUGGAGGACCUGUGCAGCAUAGCCCGUGCUGUGGCUCGUCUGCAGCUGCAGGUGGGCACUGACAAUUUGCUGCGGUCUUUGGUGCUGCUAGGAAUGGCAAGAGCAGCAGAAUUUGGACUUUUUGCUGCUGCAGACUUUUUGCUGUCUCUCGCAGCAGCAGCAACAGCAACCUACAGGCCCAUACAGAAAACUAUUCUCAAGGCCUUCAGGAAGCACUGGGCCGACGCUUUCCUUGCUGCUGUUGCUGCUGUUGCUGCUGCUGCUGCUGCCCGCAGCAGCAGCAGCAGCAGCAGCAGCAGCGGCCAGCGCGCCCCAGCGGGCGCUGACUUGCGCCGCGUGCUGCUGCUGCUGCUGCCGCUAUUUGCUGCUCAUGAUGCACUGGGAGAAGAAAUGCCAGUUUGUUUAGAGGCACUUGUCAGCAGCGGCUUGUGGGCAGCAGCAGCAAGGGAAGCAGCAGCAGCAGCAGCAGCAGCAGCAGCACUCGGGCCAGGGGAGCUGGUGGCAGCAGCAGCAACAGCUGCUGCUGCUCCGCAGCUGCAGCAAAACAGGGAGUUCUGGGCGGACAUCCGAGCAGCAGCAAAACGCCACGCGCAAACCCUAAACCCUAGAGAUGCCAUAACACUGUGUUCAAUUCUCGACCAGGUGGGCGAGGACUACACGGAUGUGCUGCUGCGCUCGUGGCAGCUGCUGCAGGAGCAGCUGCCGCUGCUGCCUUCUUCAAGUGUCUUUACAGCAGCAAGUCUUGCUGCUGCUGCUGCUGCUAAGCAGCCGAAGCUGCUGCAGCUCCUCUCGCUGCUGAGGCAGCAGCUGCUGCUCCGAGCAGCUAAUUCUUGA